AUGCGUUCUUUGGACCAAAAACUCUCGGCGGCCCUCAAAUCCCGAGACGAACGUCUUAUCAGGCGCCGCCUUCCAGAAUUUUCUCAGAUAGUGACAUCCGGACAAUCAGUGAUCGAUUUCACUUCCAAUGACUACCUUUCACUAUCUCGAUCGCCCACCCUUCGUAGGGCAGUCCUUGACGCUCUCAGUUCCACCCCAGAUAUCCUUGGAUCGGGUGGCUCACGCUUACUCGUUCCUGCUCCUGCACACGCUGCUCUAGAGGCGCGCCUCUGCCGUUUUUUUGACGCCGAAGCCGCAAUCCUCUUCAAUUCCGGAUUCGACGCCAACGUUGGGUUAUUUUCAGCUGUUCCCCAACUAGGUGAUGUAGUCAUAUACGACGAGCUCAUUCAUGCCUCUGUGCAUGAUGGCAUGCGAACUUCCCGUUUAUCCCGCGAUUCCCUCAUUUCUUUUGCACACAACUCUGUUCCCGCUCUCAAGCACAUCAUUAGACGUCUCCUUAGCCAUGGAGAAGAUUUGAAGACGGGCAAAUCGAGUAUCUUCGUGGCCGUUGAGAGUCUGUAUAGUAUGGAUGGGACGUUUGCGCCCCUGUCGGAGAUCGUGGAUUGCGUGGAAGAGAUGCUGCCGCUAGGUAACGGAUUCGUGAUCGUGGAUGAAGCUCAUGCGACGGGAAUUUAUGGUCCUAAGGGGCGAGGACUAGUUACCUCUCUUGGUCUAGAAAAAAGGAUCUUCGCUAGAUUACACACCUUUGGGAAGUCUCUGGCUGCGUCGGGAGCUGUCCUAUUGGUAACAGAGCUAGUUAGAGAUUACCUUCUCAACUACGCGCGCAGCUUCAUAUAUACCACUGCACUUACAAACGCUAGUGUCAUAGCAGCUGGAUGCUCGUUCGAUAUGCUCGAGGAUGGAACCACAGAAGUGCUCGCUGCACACCUGAUGGAGCUCUGCGCGUUUUUCGUGAAUCGCAUCCGUGUGCAUCUUAAAAGCAUACCCCCUACACUUCUCAGACUUCCAGAUCACCUCCAGGAAUCAACCGGGACACCAUCAUCCCAGCCCUUUCAAUUUCCAUCGCAAAUCAUACCUCUCCUAACUGCGGAGCCACGUUCGCUGUCAACUUUCCUCUUAGCAUUCUCGCCGUCCGAAUACUCAAAUACGAAUUCCCAUCAUACACCGCCAUCUGUUGCUAUUUACACAAAGCCUAUCUUCCCACCGACCGUUCCUCGGGAGACGUCGCGUGUUCGUAUAUGCCUGCAGGCAGGGCAUACGCGUGAAGACGUUGAGAUAUUGAUACAGGGCAUCGUCGCUUGGGCUCAUCGCCGGAUCGAGGAUGCGCGACGUGACAGGAAGGAGUGGAACCAAAUGGCAUCAGAAAUUGGAGUGAGAACAUGGAUGGAGUCGAAGCUAUAGCUAGUAGUGCCAAGAGCAUGACCCGUUUCAGGGGAGAUAAUAGACUUAUAGAAGCCAUGAGUCGGGACUAAGUCUUCGUUUCCUUGUAUCGUAACGGACAGGUGGUCGACCACCGGUGAAGCCUCGCACCCAUCUAAGCUGCUUCGACCAACUACACCAACGGAAACCGACAUGAUUCUUUGUCGAGAGGAGAUAACCUGCCCCGGGCUGCUUCAAGAUCUCCACAGGACGAACAGUGUUCUCAAAACAACAACUCCACCAAACAUAC